CAACACAGCGUGGAAAAAGUUGAUAAAAUCAAUGGCCCCCUUUUCAAAUUUCGAUUGCCCUUUUUUAAUUACUCCGAGCUUCGUGUUCUCCGUCUUUCUUGGAGAAGAACAAAUGGCCAUUGUUCUGCCAACCAGCUCACCCACCCCUUUUAAAAGGGGAAUUGAAAUUCCCCCUUUAUGCGAAUGUUCCAGAUCCCAUCUUCUCAGCUCUGAGAAAUCCCCCCUUUUGAUUUACAGGUAGAUCUCUGCCAUGGAAAUUGCCCUUUCAGGUUCUUCAGUUUCGCAGCAGUGCCUUCGUCUUCCCACUUCCUCCCAGCAGCGCCACAGGAGCUCCUUGAAGAUCCCAGAUAUCUUUGAGUUUAAGCAGAAAUCAAGAAGAAUGGAGCACACCCAUUUGAAAUUAUCUACCACUGUCAACUGCUGUGCAGGACAGACUCAGGAACUUGGAACGAACAAGGUGAAUGGCGUGAUAGAAACUGAAAAGGGGUGUGACUUAUUUGAGGAUAUAAAACGCCGAUUCCUAAGCUUUAAAAGACAUACAUAUAUGAAAAAUUUAGAACAUUUUCAACGUCUCUCUGAUGCUCAAGCUCCAAAGUUCUUGGUGAUUUCUUGUGCAGAUUCUAGAGUUUGUCCCUCAAACAUAUUGGGUUUCCAGCCUGGAGAAGCGUUUCUUGUGCGCAAUAUAGCAAAUUUGGUUCCACUUUUUGAGAAGGGACCAUCGGAAACACAAGCUGCAUUGCAGUUUUCGGUUAACACGCUCGAGGUUGAAAACAUUUUUGUCAUUGGCCAUAGCUGCUGUGGGGGCAUUCGUGCACUUAUGAGUAUGCAAGAUGAAAAACCGAGUUGUUUUAUCACAAAUUGGGUCAUUAAUGGGAAGAAUGCAAAAAUAAGGACAAAGGCUGCUGCUUCCAACCUCAACUUUGACCAGCAAUGCAGACACUGUGAGAAGGAAUCGCUCAACAAUUCGUUGCUGAACCUCCUGACAUACCCUUGGAUUGAAGAAAAGGUGAAGAAAGGAAGUCUGUCCAUUCACGGUGGCUACUACGACUUCGUCGACUGUACGUUCGAGAAAUGGACUCUUGAUUACGAAGCAAGCAGCUUUAAAGAGGAAACUCGCAGAAUUGCUGUAAAAAAUCGAGAAUUUUGGUCCUAGCUCUUAAAGUAUGCCUUUUCUCUUCCCUUUAUAAUGUUGUUUACGAUUCCAUUUUCAUGUAUACCUUCGCAGCCUUGUGAUGAAUGGAUAUGGAAGAAUAAUUUGCCUGUGUUAGAAUUGAGUUUGGGAAUAUUAUGUUUGGAUACAAAUGACUUUCUUUUUGUACUUCA